AUGUUUCUAACUAGACUCAGGAAUCUGUACAAGUUCUCAUCUGCCAUUGACCCAUAUCAAGUGUUGGGAGUUGAUAAAUUCACUCCAUUCCCAGAUGUCAAGAAGGCCUAUUAUAAAAUGGCAGCUCAAUACCAUCCAGACAUUAAUAAAACACCUGUGUUAAGAUCAUUAAAUAUAUGUAGUCUGCCUAAAAACAAUUCAUUCUAAUUAAGGAAUCCUUUGAGAAGAUCAAAGUAAUGAAAGGGGAAGCUGUCCAAAUGAAUUCCGAAGGUUCUGCCAAAAAAGAGAAUGAAUAUGAAUCCGUUCGUAAGAAUUACAAGGAUUACGAUGAAAACUUUGCAGAAUCCAAUGAACAAAAGGACUAUAAGGAAUUCUAUCAUUAAGCUGAAGACCUCAAAGGCCAAGAAUACGAUCAUCUUAAAAAGUCUUUUCAGACUAUUCAUGAAGUCAAAGACAUCAAAUUCAAACCCAUAGAUAUGAAAAUGCCUGAUCCAUCCAAAAGAUUUCAUCUCGGCCAAGUCAUGCAUCUAAAGGUUUUCUCAGAUGGUUCCAAUCUAUACAUUAUUACAAUCUGUGUUGGCAUGUUUAUACUCUUCUUUGUUAUGUACGACUACAUUCAUUAUUAUUAUAGUAAUUCGGUGUUUCAAAUGCAAACCAAGAGAAAGACUAAUUCCUAAUUAUACAAUUUGUUGAAUCAACAGGUCAUCAAGGAAGAUUUGCAAGAAGAGCAACUUUUGCAACAAGUCACCACUCAAAUAGAGAAGACUGAAGAAUUCAAAUAAUUCAAAACUGAGCAACUUGAGAAAUAGGAGAAAUCAACUCAAAGGAGAAGAUAGAUUGUCCCUGAAAUCCAAACUUUUGUAUCGGCUACUGAUCUUAAAGACAGUGUGCUUUGA